AUGCCCAAGACGAAUUCCAAGCUGACUACAAGCGACUUCUCAACCAGCAAGAUUUGGGACACAAAUCAAAAUUGCGCACCCUCUCACCGCAAAUCGACAAAUAUGGACCCCUGCGAGUUAGCUAACUCAGAACUGCCAGCGGAUGUGCAGCAUCCAAUAAUUCUGCCCAAAUCUCAUCGCAUAACGAAGCUCAGUCUGGAACAUGAGCACCGGAUUCACUUACAUCCUGGUGUAUCGGCGUUAUUUGUGAUAGCACGCCAACGCUACUGGGUAUUUGGCGCACGCAACUUCAUUCGAAAGAUCACGCAUGACUGUCUAAAAUGCUUUAGACAACGCCAACACACAUCUCACCAAUUCAUGUCAGAUCUGCCGUCUGUCCGGGUUCGACAGGCAUUUCCGUUUGCAAACACUGGCUGCGACUACGCCGGGCCAAUCACCCUCAAGGUCCACAAGGAACGAAAUCCGCGCAAGGUAAAGGGUUACAUCUGUCUAUUAGUAUGCCUAGCCACUUCUGUCUUGCAUUUGGAAUUGGCUACAGAUCUUACAACCGAUACAUUCUUGGCGGCACUCAGACGAUUCAUCUGUCGCCGAGGAAAAUGCUCGCAAAUGUAUAGCGACAACGGGCGAAACUUCGUCGGGGCAAAAAGGGCAUUAAACGAAAUGCAAACUCUUCUGAAGUCAGACGAACACAACAACGUCGUACUGAAGGCCGUGGCAGUCGAAGGAAUCAACUGGAAUUUCAAUUGCAAACGGGAAUCAGCUGUGCGCUCUGUAGAAGCUGUGGUCAAUUCACGUCCACUAUUCUCAACUUCAGACACUGAGGUCAACUAUCUGUCGCCAGCACACUUCCUCAUUGGUCGUCCUUAA